AUGGCACCAGUUGUGCAAGUGUAGAAAGCCGAGUCUCUUGUAAGUUGCCAACCCAGGUGUCUGAUGUUGUUUAGUUGAUAUCCAGCUACCCCUGUAGCCAGACGUUUGUCUUUGUCAAUGAGUGGAUUAUAGUGUAGAAGAUGAUUAUUCUACUGAUAACAGCAAUGUUUGCCCAAGGUUCGAGUCUUCGACUUAUAGAUAUAGAAGUGAAUAGUGUUGUUCAGAAAGGCGACCCCGUGUGGUUAAACUGUACGUUUGAUCAGGAGUCUGAAGACCUCUACUCCGUGAAGUGGUACAAGAACAGUGUGGAGAUUUACCGAUAUCUUCCUAAAGAACAUCCUCAAGCCCAGAGUUAUGAACAGCCAGGGGUUUAUAUCGAUAUGGAUAGAUCUUCAGUGGGACACGUGUAUCUUCAGAAGACUGAUCUAGAAUCGGAAGGAAUCUAUCGGUGCGAAGUAUCUGCGGAAGCUCCUUCUUUCCAGACUGAGAGAGGGGAGAAGGAACUGCGUAUUUAUGUAUUGCCUAGGGAAACACCGACCGUGACGGGCACUCACGGCCAUUACAGUGUUGGAGAUUUGGUUAACGUCACUUGUAGUGCAAAACCUUCCAAGCCUGCUGCCGACUUACAAUGGUAUAUCAACGACAAAAAGGCUCCCGUGCACUUUGAGUGGCCGCUGAGUCCACUAAAGGAAGGACGGCUAUUGAGUUCCAGACUAGGAUUAAGAUUUGUUGUCGAGCACGCUCAUCUGUGGCACGGAACGUUAAACCUACGCUGUUCUUCGGUCAUUGCCCAGGAGUACUCCAGGAGUGUAGAAGAGCUUUAUAUCAAAGAUAUGCCGAAAUCCUCUGAGCUCCGUGCAGCAAAAGAUGGGCCUCGAAUCAAUGGACAAAAAUCGACUUAUCGUUUAGGUGAAUCUGUUGUGGCAAACUGUACUUCUCCAAAAGUCAAAGAAGCACCCAAACUACGUUGGUUUCUUAACGAAAACGAGGUAUCACCAGAGUACGUAACACGAUACCCGCUGGUUAAGCAUCCGGGUAGUUUGGAAUCAGCUUUACUUGGUAUUCAUUUUAACGUACGAGAACACCACUUCCGAAAUGGAGAGAUGAGAUUGAACUGUACAGCCAUUUUCAAGAAGACUGUGGACACAAGUCAUGUGGAAACUGUAAUUGGGGCUAGCCAACAGAGUUCUGGAUUACAAGUUUCAGCAAAAGGAGGAGGUGGAUCUGGCAGUACCUGUUCCUCUGGGAAAUCGUUGGAACUACUGUUUACCAUUCUUUUGAGUGUGUGGUUUAUCUACUGUUAGCCAAGAACUUAAAAGAAAUCUGUUCCCCAAUUAAUUUAUAAGAGAGCUUUGCUCUGGGUUAGUUUUGACAUCGUGUCCCUGUGGCAACAGAAAAUUCCAAGAUAAUGAAAGAAAAAACUAUUUUGAGAAUUGAAUCCUUUGUUUUGUGUACAUCAAACGAAAACAGAACACUAUAUUGGAUAAGUUUUCUUUUCACUUGCAACAGCUAUAAAUAAAGAAGAAAAUUAAAAUCCAUGACCCCGUGUAAUUUAAAUAUUCUUGGGUAACUUCAAAGAAACAAAACCCAAUAUUCUCAAGUAAUGAGCUGCUGCUGGGAUGACGCUUUGUUGACUGAUUUAUCUGCUCCUGUCACAGGAUGUUGUGCAGCUCAGAGUCUUGUAAUAACACUGAAAAUAUAUCAUGCCAAAAAUCGACAUUCCACCUUCGUCAAAAUUUUUAUUCCUAGUGGAUUUUGCCUCCGCAGUUAGCUUUUUUAAACAUACCUGAGUUAACAUAGCAGUAGUUCUCUGCUUCUACAGCAAGGACAUGAAUACCAACCUGUGAUACGUGUAGCUACGUCCUGUAAAAAUAAAGAAGAGUUGGAAUGCUGGGGAACAUUUUGGCCGAAAUAGCUCAGAAAAUUAGCUGAAAAAAUAUUUGAAAGUGGAUUCGAUGGCUGUGAUAUUUGUGCUUUCGUUAAUCUAGAUGAGUAAGUGUCAGUAAGAAAAAUUUUGGUUAAGUAGAUAAAAUUGUUAGUUAUAAGUAGAUGGGAUUGUUGAUUAGAAAAUCUGAAUGUCAGUUGUAGAUAUGAUAAUUUUUUAAAUCUUCUACACUCAGCUAUUCUGUGUAUUAGUUUUUCUAUGGUAACGUCAUAGAAAUUAUGUUAAAGUGUAACAGCAUUAUAAAACGAACAUGACUUAAGGGUUUUACUAAAUGGUAAAACAAACAUGACUUAAGGGUUUUUAGUAAGUGGUAAAAACGAACAUGAGUUAAGGGUUUUAGUAAAUGGUAAAAACGAACAUGAGUUAAGGGUUUUAGUAAAUGGUAAAAACGAACAUGAGUUAAGGUUUUAGUAAAUGGUAAAAACGAACAUGAGUUAGGGUUUUAGUAAAUGGUAAAAACGAGCAUGACUUGAUGCAUUUUCAGUUACACUGAAAAUUUAUGUUAAGUUUGCAAAAAACAAAUUCUCAGUUUCAGAUGAGUGCAAUCUUAUGCUUUCUCAAUAACAUAAAAAACAAA